GUCCAGUUAUUCAGUUAGAACAGUCACGAGAUUUGGAGAUCUCCGAGAUUAGCGUCCCCUCGGCCAAACAGUCCCGGACUGGCCUGGGUCGCGGCCGCCGUUCACACCCCGCGUGCUCCACUACUCCCUAUCUCUCGGGGAGCACUAGGCUACAGCCGCCGCCGCCGCCGCCUACGCCAGGUGACCAGACCUUCGUCGUGUCUAUUUCGCCGGCGACGAGCACCCACCAGGUGUGGCGAGAGGGAGAUGGAUCACCACCACCCGCAGCAGCAGCAGUACGGCGACCCUUAUCGUGGGCUCGUGCCGUCCCCGCAGCCCGACCACCACCUCCACGCCCUCCAGUACCACCAGCCGCAGCCGCAGCUGCAGCAACAGCCGGCGCUGAUGUCUCCACCACAGCCACAGCCGGCACUGAUGUCUCCACAGCCGCAGCAGGCACUGAUGUCUCCACCGCAGCCGCAGCAGCAUCACCACGCCUCGCUUGCCUCCCACUUCCACCUCCUUCAUUUGGUUACAAGAUUAGCUGAUGCGAUUGGUACAGGAACAAGGGACCAAAAUUCUGACGCACUGGUUGAAGAGUUGACCAGCCAGUUUGCUAGGUGCCAACAACUGUUGAACUCCAUAUCAGGAACAAUAAGCUCAAAGUCUACUACGGUUGAGGGACAAAGGCAGAGUUUGGAUGAAACACGGCAGCUGCUUGAUCAAAGAAAGGAGUUGAUUACAAAGUACAGAAGCUCCGUUGAAGACCUCCUUAAGGGAGAUAAAAGAUAAAGAAAAUAUCAUAAGGCUUAAUAUUUACUUGAAAUCUACAUAAAUUCUGUGGUAUGCUAGAGCUGGAAGACGGUCUGGAGUAGGGACCUGACAUUGUGAUAUGGGAAUUGAAGUGCUGUGUAUUGGAAGUCUGCAAUACCUGACAUCUGAAUAGAUACUCUCUGUCGUAACAAAAAUGUUGUCACAUUUGACUUUGCUGUGGCUUCGAUGUAUAUGUAUACCUGACAUCUGAAUUGAUAUCUGGUUGGUUAAUCAGACGGUGCUGCUGCCUGAGAUUUGUUGGCUUCGAUCA